AUGGCUAUGCUGCUAUACGAAGCACCCACAGGCAUCGCAAUUUUCUCUUUUGAUGGGGACUACCUGAAUGAUUCGGUGGAGGACUUCUGGGAAUGCUUGCCACCACUUAAUCUGGAGGAAUUCAUAAAAAAUGAGACGGUGCCUUCCCCACUUGACACCAUGACUAAAGCUAUUGACGAUCACCUAGCCAAGAGGCUAACUGAGCUGUGUGGUUCUGAAAAGAAAUUAGUUGUGGGGAAUGUUGAAUAUAAAAGAAUAAUUGAAAUGAACCUGAGAAUAACAUGUCUGCAUGUUCAUGUUCCGGAUUGUAAGGUGGUCAUUUGCAGUCUGAAGAAUCCCAUGUAUACUUUAUUGCCUAGAAAACUACCAAAUCCGGAUGAAGAUUUAAUAUUCUUCUUAAAGCAACAUUACAUUGGUUGCAAGCCUGAGAUGGUUAAUGACUAUAUCAUUAAGGAAGCGCAUAUCUUGCAUGAAAACGAAUCACUUGAAAAGGAACAUUUAAAGUUCUUCCGAAUUCUUCUAAAGGAUUUUCUGGUUAAAUCUUGCAUUGACGCAAAGAAUUGGAAUGCAAUCCACUUUGCAACAGCUCUGAAGGUGAUCUGUUACCCUAAAGCAUCAUAUGAAGUUUACCGCCCUGAUAAGAUUUUUCCAUGUGGCGUGCAUCAAAAGAUGAAGGACCAUUCAUCUGAAUAUGAUACAAUGUUUGCCAAGAUUGACGCCUUGUCUGUCUAUAAUUUUGUUAUUAGUCUCAGUUCAGAAAAGUUUUUAAUAUUGAGUGAAUUGGACAUCUUGGUUACGAAGGCUAAAGAAGAGUUGAAGAUAGCAGGGGCGAUCAGGUGCAAAGAUCGUUCUCCAGGAAAGCGGAAAACCAAUAGGAUCGACUUAUAA